AUGGCGCUCCUGGUGAAUUCAAUACUGGCAAAGCUCCCGCCUUCUUGGCGAGACUUUGUGACUUCACGCCGCCACAUGAAGAAGCAAAUGACUCUCACUGAGUUGUCAGCUGCGAUAAAUGUGGAAGAGCGUGCAAGGUCCAGUAACAAGCCAUCCCAGCAACUUCAGGCUCACGUUGUUGAGAAGGGUGGAGAUAGAAAAUUCCAGAAGAAGAAGAACUCUCCACAGAAGAAUAUGAACCAACCUAAGUCCAAAAAGAUGAAGAAGAAAAAGGAGGACUUUAUCUGCUACGUUUGUGGAGUCUCGGGCGCACCAGUCCUAAUGGGAAAUGGUGUUCCGGCAGCAGUUCGAGGUACUGGACAGGUCUACCUGAAGUUAACUUCAGGAAAGACGCUCGUGCUGAAGGACGUACUCUAUGGUCUCAAAUUAGUGUUUGAGUCUAAUAAAGUGGUCCUGUCUAAGUUUGGUACUUUUAUUGGAAAGUCAUAUGAGUCAGGCGGUUUGUUCCGUCUUUCUGUU